AUCCCCUUCGUCGGUGCCCAUAUAUAUGUAUUUUACUCCACUUCCCCACAUUUGAUCUCUCUCUCUCUCUCUCUCUCUCUCUCUCACGCGCUGUCAACAUUUUCCUUAGGCGAUUUCCCGGCGACGAUCCGAUUUUCCGGCGAUAUCCGGCCUUCGGGAACAGAGACAUCCCGGUUCCUUUCACCUUUGGAUCAGGCGGCUUCUUCGUUUCGCAAAAUCAUGAAUCCCGAAUAUGAUUACUUGUUCAAACUUUUGUUAAUAGGAGAUUCAGGUGUUGGAAAGUCAUGUCUUCUCCUGAGAUUUGCCGAUGAUUCUUAUUUGGACAGCUACAUCAGCACAAUUGGUGUUGACUUUAAAAUACGUACUGUAGAGCAAGAUGGGAAGACGAUUAAGCUUCAAAUUUGGGACACUGCUGGACAAGAACGUUUCAGGACAAUCACAAGUAGUUACUACCGUGGGGCACAUGGCAUUAUAAUAGUUUAUGAUAUAACUGAUCAAGAAAGCUUCAACAAUGUUAAGCAAUGGUUGAGUGAAAUUGAUCGCUACGCAAGUGAAAAUGUAAACAAGCUUUUGGUUGGAAAUAAGUCUGACUUGAAUGAUAACCGAGCAGUGUCGUAUGAUACAGCAAAGGCGUUUGCUGAUGAAAUUGGCAUUCCAUUUAUGGAGGCAAGUGCAAAGAGUGCCACUAAUGUUGAACAAGCUUUCAUGGCAAUGGCAGCUGAGAUAAAGAAUAGGAUGGCAAGUCAGCCAGCAUCAAACAACGCAAAGCCACCCACCGUGCAGAUAAGGGGACAACCCGUUAACCAAAAAAGCGGAUGCUGUUCUACUUAGAUGUUGGAUUCUGCUAGCUAGAAUUGCUUCGAGUCUCCAUUCCAAUCGCAAUGCCUUGAUUUCGAAGUUGUGCCAGUUCCAUUCUUUUCAUCUACUGGUAUCCAAAUGGCCUGUAAAAAUCACAAGAAUUGCUUUUUAAAGUAUUGGACGCUUUCUCCCCCCUUUGAUAUUUUCACUUCGUUGGGUUUCCAUGUCUUAAGUUGCAGUGUUUGUUUCUGCAGUUUCAGGCAUAAUAUAUGUUUUAGAAGGGAAUAUAUAGUGAUAGAACUGUAAUGCUGUUGUACUUUACUAUCAUGAACUUCAAAUAAAAUGCUCUGCCAAAAUGUUCUUGUGA